AUCCAUGGCAACGCGCCGUAUACAGCGAGAGGGAAGGCGACGGUGGGGUCUCAGGUGAUGAAUAGUGUCGUCCUGAUCACAGGUGAAUUGUGCUUGAUCAACAGUGGCAGCAGGAGUUACUGUAUGGUCGUAGAAUCUAUAUUUGCAGUGAAAUAACUUGCAGAAGAGCAUUUAAAAUGACACUACUUCUUGGAAAUCAAAACUGUUUGGAUGGUUUGCGUAAGGAUGUCACAGAUUUACAAGGGAUAAUCGUCGAUGUGUUUUCGCGGGUUGGUGCAGUUCGUUAUCCAUCGUGGAAGUUUCCAGAUAAAACUUCAUGUGAUUUGGAUCUUGUUACAUUAUUGGAGCGUUUUGAUUAUAUGGAAGAUGACCCAGAAUUCACACAACACUCCCAUGUUGUGCUGUUUGAACUCGUGAUUGACAGGCUGGUGCUAUUGCUUCAGAGUUUCACGCAGUAUGUUGAUGCUCUGAUAAAGGAUCAGAGUAUCCCUGUUUCCAAGUCAGUAGGUCCAUCAAUGUCCGUAGGCCUGGUCGUGAAGAAAUACUGGAAUUGCAUGCUUAAACUUGGCUCCCUCCACCAGCAGAAAAAGUUAAUGGUGGAUGACCUUGCUAAACUACAAAGUGAUCUGAUGAAUUCAAAGGCAGAGAUUGAAAGGCUGAAGAAUUGUUCACCUGCAGCUUCCAACUCCUAUUCAAUCCCCAGCAGUUUAAAAACAUUUACUGCGGCAACACAACUGCCACAAUCAGCCACACCUACCCUUCACUCUACGCUGAAUGGGAUGCCAAGAAACCCUACAUUUGGUAUAGCCACAGACACCAGGAACAUCGGCUCACAGACGGUGGAAUCAGCCCUGGUGCCAUGCGAUGCCUGUGCACGCACACAAGCCACUCUUAAAAAUGUCAGCAACUCCAUUGUCACUAUUUGCCACAGUCAGAAUAUUCCAUCAGCAGUGAGCCGCUUUCAGGAAGUGGUGAAGGAAACACUUGGGGAUGGAACAAUGACGGCGAGUGAUGUGGCUUACUGGGCCUCUGAGCAGAACAAAGAUUUGGCACGAAUCAACAAACACCUUAGUGAACUCAUGAACAGCAUUAACCCACUCAAGGCGGAGCUGCAAGUCACAGAAGAGCAGCGAAGCACAAUGAAGAUAAAAAUCGAUAAUUUUAACAAAGAACUUGAAAAGGAGAAAGAGCAGCAACGCUUAAAGAUAAAAGUGCUUAACGGCCAAAUGGAGGAGAUUAAACGGAAUAACUCACAGACAGUAGCCAAACUUGAGAGUGAUAAAGAGACACUCAGAAAAGGUAGUUCUACAUUGGAAGAAAAGCUAUCGAUUCUGAAGGAGAAACUACAGGGGCAAAACAUGCUCAUUAGAGAGCUUGAGGAUUCUAAACAGAGGCUGCUGGAAGAAAUGAAAACUAAGAUGGCAGACAGAAAUGAUGUGCGGAUUCUUGAGGAACAACUUAGAUUAAUCACGCGCCAACUGGAGAGUACAAAGGGGCAGCUCAAAAUGAUCAGUGGUGAACUGGAAAAAGAAAAAAUGAAGAUCAACAACAUGCUGAGACAUGAAGAGUCUCUGAAAACGAAGAUUAAAGCUCUGCUUCAACAAGUGGAUGGAUUAGAUGAAGAAUGUGAAGGGCUGAACACAAAGUUGGCUGAGUCAGAAGCUGGAAUCGACCAGCUGGAAGAUCAGCUGAAGACAGUCAAUGCCGAGAGGUGCAACCUCCAGUGGCAGUUCCAGGAGCAACUGCAACACACAGAGCAACUACAGGAAGAAAAGCACGGUCUGGAGAAAACCGUGUUGGAGCUAAAACAAAACCUGACCCAGCUGGAAGGCCGGGUUCAAGAAUAUAAGGAGCAGCAGAGGCUUCUCGUAACGUUCCCUGACUUAAACAUGCCCCCCGAAGCUCAGUGUGAGAGUACAGGCGAUGUUGUACUGGACAUGGGGAAACAGUUGCAAGCAAACAGUUUACGUAUAAGUAUCCUGGAAGAAGAGAACUCUCGAUUGAGAAACACUCUGACAAUGCUGCAGAAAACUACACAACAAGAAGUUAUGAAGGUCUUUCCACAGACACAACUUUGGUCAUUCACAAGGCUGUCAGAAAAUGGACUGAACCCAGAUGGGAGCGCAGAGAGCGACCAUCAUAGAACAGUGGGCUCAAUAGGAGUUACAAGAAACGAAGAUGGAAAUACCAGACCACUCUCUAACCAGAGAUCGGAGAAUGGGCAAAGGGAAAUUUCCCCUUCUAUUGAACAGCGAAAAGAAACGGCGGCCAAUGUCUUUUAUCCACCAGAAGCAACUGCCAUUGGGGUUUAUGCAAGACUUAAGAAGACCGGAGCUUUAAUGGGUAACAAAACCAUAUCUGAGAAUAUAAGGAAGAACUACAAAAAAUCACAUUAAAGAUGUAAUUAUGUGAACGGUUCUAUACAACGGAGGAUAGAGACCUUGAAGUGAUGCAGUGGAGUUUUUUUAUCGUUAUAAAGAAAACUUAG